GUGCAUGAACUAAGCAGUGAGAAAGAUAGAGAGAGAGAGAGUCAAUGGAAGGAGGAGGAGGGGGAGUAGUGAAGCACUUAUUGCUAGCGAAGUUCAAGGACAGUGUAUCUGAAGAUGAAAUUCAGCAACUUAUCAAAGGAUAUGCGAAUCUCGUCAGUCUCAUCGAGCCCAUGAAGGCUUUCCACUGGGGAAAUGAUGUGAGCAUUGAGAAUUUGCAUAAUGGUUUCACCCAUGUGUUUGAAUCAACAUUCGAGAGCACAGAUGGGAUUGAGAAGUACAUUAUCCAUCCAGCUCAUGUUGAGUUCUCCAACUUGUUCCUCCCUGCUUUGGAGAAAGUCAUCGUUGUUGACUACAAACCGACACCCCUGGUCCAUCUCUGAGACAGACAGCCUUAUGUUUUGUUGAUUAUGAAUUAUUGCUAGUAUUUGUUCCUUAUCUUAUUCUCAAUAAAAUAUGAAUAAAUGAAUGCAUCAACUUGUUUG